AUGUUUGGACCUUAUGCAUUUUCGUUUAAAUUUUGUCAAAACUGGAUUUGGAAGCGGCCAGCGGUUAUGGCCUUGACUUCUAUUGCUGCGGUUGGAACAGCAAUGAAAACUCAAAAAGUACAAUGUGAAAGCUUUGUGGAAAAAUUGGCAACUCUUGCUGAUGAAUACAAUUUAACAAAGGAUGACAGCCGUAAAAGCAUGUUUUUACUUGGAUCGGGACCAAGGUAUGUUUCAUUUUUGGGGAUUUACGUUUAUGAUGUUGAGCUUUAUGUUCGGAAACAAGAUUUUCGUUCCAUUCAGAAAGUCCUGAAUGAGCAUGUGGACCACAAUAUGGGAGUGGAAAUGAGCUUGAAGGAAGCUCAACUCGGAAGCCGUAUCAUUGAAGAACUCUUAAAACGGAAAAUCCAAUAUGCAGUUCGAAUUUUGCCUGCACGAAAUACCAACUUUAAGCAUUUAAAGGGUGGAUUUACAAAAGCGAUGCUUUUGCGCCAAAAUCACAAUGACGAACGUGAAGAGCGUAUGAUUCAAAGCUUCCGAAACACAUUCCCUGGAACCGGAACUUGUCUUCGAUCCACCAAUCUCUCCAUCACCUUGACGGAUAAAGAAAAAUUGCUAUUUGAACACGAAGAUCGUGAGAUUGGCAGCAUGCAGGAUGAAGGGCUGAAACUUUCCAAUCUGUUUCUUCAAUCGUACCUUGUUGGAAACAAGGUAAACAGUGAACAAGCGCGUCAAUCUAUUUGUAUGAGUUUACGACGAAUCAUGGAUGGUUCUUUGAAUGCCUAA